AUGGAGUCUGUUCCCAAUUUUAGCAGUAUCGUCCACUCACCGUCAUUCACCUUCCUUGUCGGCCCACGACAUACGAAGCUGACGAUCCAGUCGGGACUCGCCGAGCAUGUCUCCAAACCACUCCAUAAUCUUAUGAACGGUCCGACCAGGGAAUCAAAACACCGAAUCGCCGUUCUGGAAGAAGAUGAUGUCGAGACCUUUGUCGCAUUCUGCGAGUAUGCGUACACCGGUGAUUAUAACGUCCCUCGUCCCGAGCGGGAGGUCCAGGAAGAACACAAGAUUGGGGUAGUCGAGAGCUCGCCGAGUACCGCCACCUGGAGAGAGAAUUACCGGACUGGUUCAAUGUCGUCGACUGUCCCGCCCCCAGCUCCGUCGCCGCCUCCGCAAUUUCGUCAUCGGGGACAAGCAGCGUACCACCAGUCUGCACCUGAACCUGAGCCGCCAGUACCUCAGCCCGUGUCUGAGCCUGCGCCCGUCGAGGUCAAGGAAUCGGUUACUCCAACCUUUACACCAGAGCCUGAGGUCGAGUCGGCUCCAGUCGAGGUAACAGAGCCGGUGCCAGAGCCAGAGACAUACCACGAAGCGGAGAAUGCCCCAGCGCCACCAGCCGAGGAAGUGCCUGCCGACGAUGAAUGGGCUGUUCCGACUGAAGAACCUGCGACAUGGGAACCAGAAGAACCCAAGGCAAACAAGAAGAAAGGGAAGAAAGGGAAGAAAAGCAAAAAGCAAGCAGAGCCUGUCGAAGAGGAACUUCCCGCGCCAGCCGACCCUGUCAGCCUUACGCCGCCAUCCACACCACCUCCAGAAGUUGCUGCCGAGCCUGUCCCAGAGCCAGCAGCAGAGCCCGUUGAAGAAUGGGCUACAGCAGAGCCUGCACCAGAACCAGAAGCAGAGCCAACUGAGAACUGGGGACAGCCAGCUGAUGAGCCUGCACCUGAACUUGAAGCUGCACCUGCAUCCAAAGAGCCCGAGCCUGCAGAAGAACAACCAGCUGCUCCGGAAGGUCCGAUGGAAGAUUCAUGGACUCAAGACAGAAGUGAAGGCACCAGCAUUACCCAAGCACAGCGCCAACGACCAAUGCUCGACAUGUCCUUUGCCAACCAGCAGGCCACCUCACCCUGCGAGCCCGGCCUCAACCUAUGGGACGAGUUCACCUCCCUACAAUACGGCGAGCCAACAACCUCCAAACCCACCCCCGUCGAGACGCCAAGCAACGAACUCCCCUACAUCACCUUCCACGCAAAAGUCUACGUUUUCGCCACACGGUACCUAAUCCCAGCUCUGGCCCAGCUCUGUCUCCGAAAGCUGCACCGCGACCUGCUCCUACUGUCAUCGACAAACUUUGAAACCGCCGAUCUGGGCAACUCCCAAAUUCUAGACGGCUUGGCAGCCACCAAGGCGCAGAUGGUGUUGGAGCUGGUACACUACGCCUACACCAAGACGGCCCGACUGGAGCCGAUUUCGCCGACAUCCGCGACGCAACUUCGGGAGAACCAGCUACGCCGACUGGUGGUUCACUAUGCGGCGUGCAACGUGAAGGAAUUGGCACGGUAUCAUUCGGCGGAGGAUUCGGUCUCGGCGACACCUUCUUUGCGGCCGAUGGAUGCCAAGACGGAGCAAAUUGAGACUUCCACUUCCCCUAAGAGUCUUCGUGCUUUGUUGGAUUUGACGACGGAGCUGGCCUCUGAUCUUGUCUACCGCAUGAUGUGA